AUGUCUUCUGCAAGCGGUUUUCCUGAGUGGCACAAGCCUAAGACCAACACUCUGGGUGACAUGGGCCUGAGGGUUCAUAAUUCCCUCACAGACACUAAGGUUCCUUUUGUACCCAUCAAUGGGAAGGAGGUCCGCAUGUAUGUUUGUGGUCCCACUGUAUAUGACUCGGCCCAUAUGGGUCACGCUCGAGCGUAUCUUACCUUCGAUAUUAUUCGUAGGAUCUUGGAGGACUACUUUCAGUACCGUGUUUUCUACCAGAUGAAUAUCACUGACAUUGACGAUAAGAUCAUCUUAAAGGCGCGAAAGGGCGAGCUUGUUCGACAAUACUCCAGUAGCCAUCACAGCCUUGAGAAGGUCAAGGCAGACUGUGGAGUCGUAGUGGAAAGGAAUAUACAGAAGGCCCAUCAAAAGUUGACUGAAAUGAAGGCCGAGAAUGUACUAGAGAUGGCUGCAGUGUAUUUGUCACUCGCCACGGUUGUGGUUCAUCAGAUCGAUCCCUCUUCCCGAGAAUUCGAGGAGCAUGCAACUCUUGGUCAGCGUUUCAUCACUCUCUGCCGAGAUCUCCUCGCUGACUGGCUUGAUGAGCAGUUCGGGGCUACUAUUGAGGAUAAGGAGAUAUUCUACGCUCAUGCUAGGAAGUAUGAGAAGGAGUUCCUUGAAGACUGCGAGUCGUUGGGUAUAAGGGAGCCAACGGAAGUGGUCGAGGUUCUGGUAGGUACGUGCCAGAAGUCGUCGAGUUCAUUCAAACUAUGGGUGCAGCGUGGGAUUGCUUAUGAGAGUAAGGGCUCUGUCUACUUCGACACCCAGCGAUAUAAGACCCACGGUUUCAAUUAUCCGAAACUGGUGCCUUCCGCCGGCAAGGGAGCGACCGACGCUGAGAUAGCCGAAGGAGAAGGUGCUUUGUCGACGAAUGCCACUGGUGGGGACUUCGGCUCUGAGAAGAGGCAUAGGAACGAUUUUGCCCUGUGGAAGAGUUCAAAGCGCGGGGAGCCUAGCUGGGAGUCACCUUGGGGUCUAGGCCGUCCCGGCUGGCACAUUGAGUGCAGUGUGAUGGCUAGUGAGGUUUUGGGAGCUCACAUUGAUAUCCACGGUGGCGGGUCUGAUCUGAAGUUCCCUCAUCACGAUAAUGAGAUUGCUCAGAGUGAAGCCUAUCACUUCAACGCCCAGUGGGUCAACUACUUUCUGCAUGCUGGUCACUUGCACAUAAAGGGCCUUAAGAUGAGUAAAAGCCUGAAGAACUUCAUUACUAUUAGACAAGCUCUGCAAAGUUACACUGCGCGCCAGCUGCGUAUUAUGUUUUUGCUGCAGCAGUGGGACAAGCCAAUCAACUUCUCUGAUCAGACAAUUGCCGAGGCGAAGGAUAAGGAAACUCGUUUUAAUUCCUUUUUCAACCGCGUGAAGGAACUCCUUCGUACCCGUCCCCCUUAUUCUAUCAGACAGAAGUGGGAAGAAGAGUCUCUCGAUUUCGCCAUAAACGAGCAAAUUGCUACUGCAAUGGCCGCUGUUCAUGAGGCACUGUGCGACAAUUUCAACACGUCGGAGGCGAUGACUCAACUGGACAAUAUCGUUACGGCGGUGAACUCGUAUAUGGUGAAGUCCGAAAAUCCGAAGGCACCUCUUAUUCAGCAGGCGGCACAAUAUGUGCAAAAAAUGCUAACGAUCUUCGGUGUUACUGACAACGCGGAUGUCCUAGGCCUAUCGAGCGGAGCUCAAGGGGAGGAGUCAAAGACUCUCUCUAACGUCCUUACCGCUUUCGCCUCCUUCCGGGAGCAGCUGCGAUCGACGGCCCAAGCAGACAAGAACAAGAUGCUAUUGCAGAUGUGUGAUGACCUUCGCGAUGAGACUAUGGUCGAUCUCGGAGUUCGCCUUGAAGAUAAGCCAGAUGGAAGCAGUGUGUGGUCGCUGGAGGAUCCGAUAGCGUUGAAGCGCGAGAUCGAGGCGAAGAAAGCCCAGAAGAAACGUGAGGCCCGUAUGAAGGAGAGGCGCAAGUUGGAGACUAAAGUUCAAGAGAAGACGAAAGAACUUCAGCGGUGGACGAAGGCUCUGGUAGACCCUGCUGAGUUCCUCAGAGACGAAUCGAAAUACGGGUCCUGGGACGAUGCUGGAUUGCCUCUGACGUUCGCCGACGGUUCAGAGAUCAGCAAGAAAGCUAGGAAGCAAGCGAUCAAGGAAAUGGAUAAGCACGUGAAGGAUCAUACUGAGGUUGAAACUCGCGGCGGUGAGAGCUAUGUACAGUCUGUUGAGAAGGAGCUGCAUGGCAUUCAAGAGCAGCUGCAGCAAGUCACUGCAUCAUCAUCGGAUGAAGACUGA